AUGGCAGCCGACGGCAGCACCGCAGCCGACGAGGACGCGGGCGCUGCCGCCGCUGGAGGCACCGAGCCGGCCCCAGACGAGCCCACGUCCACCACAGCCGCAGCCGCGGCCGCGGCCGCGGCCGCGACCACGGACGAGGCCGGCGCCGCCGCGGCCGCCAGCGACACGCCGCCCCCCGGCGUGCCGUUCAGCGCGGGCGCCCCGGGCGCGGCCGCGGAGACCACGGCGCCGGCGCCGGCGGCGGGCGACUGCUGCGAGGCGCUGGAGAAGGAGUGCCUCGCCUGUGCCGCGGAUAUGCCGGUGGACCGGUUCUGCCAGAUGAACAUGGGCAGGUACGGCUGCCCGGAGUCGCCUGCGUGGGCGAGCGACCUCGAGAGGGAGAUGAUGGACAUCCCGCAGGACGGGGCCGAGAGGGAGAUGAUGGACAUCCCGCAGGACGGGGCCGAGAGGGAGAUGAUGGACAUCCCGCAGGAAACCACCAGUCACACGACUGGUUCCAACCGUUGCUGCGAGGACCUCGAGGACAGACGCUGCUUGGCUUGCGUCAACCGCAUUUCCGUGGAGGAGCUCUGCGACAUGUUCCCCAACAGGUACGGGUGCAGCAACCGCGGGGAGGUCACAGCGAUCGUCACGGACGGCGCGGCACGCUUGUUCGCGGCAGACGGUCCGCAGCCGAGGGGCUCCCCUGCGCCCCCGCCGCCGGCAGUGGGCGCCGCCACCGCUCUGGUGCCCGCGGUGGCGGCCAUGGCCGCAGCGGCGGCUGUGGCGCGCCUGCAUAGGUGCGUCGCCGCCCCCCCCGAGCGCCCGCCCGAGGCAGAGGCGCAGGGGCUGAUCGCCGUGGAAAACGAGGUGUGA